AUGGCACAGAAUGGGCGACUCCAUCUCACUGCCCUCUGCGCGGUGACAUCCUUCAUUUGGAUCUCUUACAACUUUGAGCAUCACACAUUGAACCAACGGCCACGCUACGCGCUUGCCAUUGUACUCCUUCUAUCGGCUGGCCUCACAUGGUUCGUCAGCUACUCAUCAAAAUGGCUUCCUGGUUCCGACGCCAGAUUCGAUGAGAAAACCCCUGAUCAGACGUCGGCGCUCUCCAGUAGCGAACACGCGCCCCUGAGCCUGCCGCGACGACCGCGUCGUUACUUCAUUCCUAUCAUCGUGUUCUGCAUCAUCAUUCGAAUCGAGCUCUUUCACCAGACUGCCGCCAAGAUCCAAUGCUCCGUACCUGGCAUUGAGGCUUUCUUCUGCACCCUCGUGGUCGUAUACGAUGUGUUUUUCGGUCGCAAGUCGCAGUCUGACGUACUGCCGUGGCCCACCGACCCUUGGGUCACAGUUGCCGACGAGCUCCAGCAGUGGUUCAAGACGACACGACUAACCCUGGUCGCAAGUGUCGUCUUGUUUAAUCUAGGCGCAUACCUAGCUGCCGCGAACAAGCUUCACUCGACGUACUUUUGCUCGACACUCUUUGACAACCGAUUCUGGAUUGUUUCUAUGCAGGUCUUCGGCCUUGUUCUUGAUGGCGUUAUUGCUGUCCUCCUCUGGCGAGUCCUCGUGUUUACCAAAUCCACGAGGGCUCGCCUUCGAACCCUCAGUGGUAUUCAGUUGACCGUGGGGGCUUUCGACUGGACUAUGCAUGUCCUCUUGACUCUCCGUCCUACCGUCCAGCCCACUGGUGUCAACGGUCUGGGCUGGCUGUACUUGUUCGACUUGAUCAACGACAGCUUCACCUUCUGUCUUCUCAUUGUUUCUCUGAGCCUCCUGGUCACCGAGUCCGGUCCUGUCAAGCCUUUUGGUAUCAUUACGUUCAUCUCCAGCCUUCUGACCUCUUACCAAGCCUUGUCUUCCGUGGGGGAUGCGCGCGCGUUCCUCCUUUUCAUCCUGACAGCUGCCAUCAUUGGAUCGACUGUCUAUGUCAUUCUGACGAAUCAGGUCCUCAACAAACAUCCCCUCGACACUUUUAUAUACGACGCUCGCACCGAAGCAGACCGCUGGUUGACCCAUGCAUCCGUGAGCAGGAGCUUGAAAGUGGCUGUUCAGGAAUACCAGGCACGGCACAAUGGCAGAGACCCCCCUCCGAAUUUCGACAAGUGGUAUGAGUUUGCGAUAGCAAAGAGCUCAGUCAUUGUGGACCAUUACCAGCAAAUCGAGAAUGACGUGGCCCCCUUCUGGUCCCUGAAGCCAAACAGCAUCCGAAAGUCGACCUUGGACCUCGCCGCCAACGAGGCUGAGCUUGCCCUCGUCCAGGUCGCAAACAAAAAAGUGACGCACAACUACAAGGCCGAGGACGAACACCGCCGGGCCUUGGAUGACCUGGUCAAGAUGAUUGAAACCUUUUCCGAGUAUUUGUCAGAUAUGGAUCUGCCGAUCAACUUGAGUGGCGAGCCGCACCUGUCGAGGCUUCAUGCCUUCCACAUGACCAACAAGAAAAUGGUGCCACACCAAAAGUUGGUGCCUGUCUUUGGCAGCUUCAAGGCAGAUGGGUUCAAUGACAUCUUGAUACCCAUGACGAGCAAGACGGAUUCCGAGGCUGAUUCGAACCGGGACUUCAAGACGCGUAUCGACAAGCUCCACUGGCGGGGCGAACUCGGCGAACAAGUCAUCAGUCACGACAUGCUGCACGGCAAUCACCGGCACAGGCUACUCCACCAGGUCAACAAUGCCACAAAGGGCGACGAGGUCACGAUGUUGCUUCCGACGCCGGGCGACCCGAAGAAGUUCAGUCACGAAAGAGUGCAUGUGCAAGAGGCCAAUGCGGCACUUCCGUUCGAUGUCGGCGUGUCGUCGUACCCGUCGUGCGAGGAUGCCGGGUGCGCGGCGGCACGGCUGGAGUUUGGCGAGAAGGGUGAGGAGGGCGAGAGCGGAGAGCCGCUGAAGUAUCGAUAUGUGCUGCUCCUCGACGACGACAGCUCGCCGCCAAAGCGGCUCAUGCAGACGCUGCGAUCAGGAAGCGUGCCGGUGCUUUCAUCGAUAUUCCGGACGUGGUGUACAGAGCGGCUACUGCCCUGGGUGCACUUUGUGCCGGUGGACAUUCGGUUCCAGGCGCUACACAGCACACUGGCCUACUUUACGGGUCUGGAGGGCCGUGUACCGGUCAAUGGACGAGAAAUUAAGUUUGAAGGUCGAGUCAGUGACGCGAAAUGGAUCGCAACGGCAGGACGACAGUGGGCGGACAAGGCACUGAGACGGGAAGACAUGGAGGUGUACCUGUUUCGGUUGUUAUUGGAGUGGGGGAGAGUUGUCGACGACGGACGCGAUAGCCUUGGCUUCAAGAUUGAGUCUUAA